GCGGGGCCAGCGGAAGUGCUCGCGCGCCUCUGUCAGCUGCGCCGGAAGUUCCUGGCCGGCCUGGCGGUAACCUUGGGAUCCUCGCUGCCGCCGGGGUGGGCUUUGCGAGUCCUAGCCGCGGCUAAAGUAGGCUCAUUAGUUGUCAGGAGCUGCCGGGCUUGAGGAGGACGCUGAGGGGUACGUGGGGCAGGCCCCCGGGCGCGGAGCCUCCCAGCCGACAUGUCGCUAGUGGCGGAAGCUUUCGUCUCCCAGAUCGCAGCUACAGAACCUUGGCCUGAAAAUGCUACAUUGUAUCAGCAACUGAAAGGGGAACAAAUUUUGCUUUCUGACAAUGCUGCUUCUCUUGCUGUGCAGGCCUUUUUGCAAAUGUGUAAUCUGCCUAUCAAAGUAGUUUGUAGGGCAAAUGCAGAAUAUAUGUCUCCAUCUGGUAAAGUACCUUUUAUUCAUGUGGGAAAUCAAGUAGUAUCAGAACUUGGCCCAAUAGUCCAAUUUGUUAAAGCUAAGGGCCAUUCUCUUAGUGAUGGGCUGGAUGAAGUCCAAAAAGCAGAAAUGAAAGCUUACAUGGAAUUAGUCAACAACAUGCUGUUGACUGCAGAGUUGUAUCUUCAGUGGUGUGAUGAAGCUACAGUAGGGGAGAUUACUCAUGCUAGGUAUGGAUCUCCUUACCCUUGGCCUCUGAAUCAUAUUUUGGCCUAUCAGAAACAGUGGGAAAUCAAACGUAAGAUGAAAGCUAUUGGUUGGGGUAACAAGACUCUGGACCAGGUUUUAGAAGAUGUAGACCAGUGCUGUCAAGCUCUUUCACAAAGACUGGGAACACAACCAUAUUUCUUCAAUAAACAGCCUACUGAACUUGAUGCACUGGUAUUUGGCCAUCUAUACACCAUUCUUACCACACAGUUGACCAAUGAUGAACUUUCUGAGAAGGUGAAAAACUAUAGCAACCUCCUUGCUUUCUGUAGAAGAAUUGAACAGCACUAUUUUGAAGAUCGUGGUAAAGGCAGGUUGUCUUAGACUUAUGUGUUAAUUAAGUUAUUUUUAAAAAAUCUAACUUUUGAAAUGUUACUUGAAUGUUAUAAUAGAUAUUGUAUCAAAAUUUUAAAACCAAAUCACUGCUUUUUGAAACCUGAGAACAAAUUAUAUAAUGUAUCCUAUAUGUGUACUUUAUAUUAUUGUUUUGUGUUCACAUUUAAAGAAUUCCAAAUUUUUUUCACUUGAUAUAUUGUAUUCUUUAUCUUGAAAUUUUUGUUUCCUUGAAACAUGUAUGCAUAUAAAAAUAAAGCUUAAACUACUGCAUGGGUGUUAUAUUUAUUUUCUUUUGAUCUUACUGAAAGCUACUCAUUGAGCUUUA